CUCCCCUCUGCCUCGGCGGGGCGCGGACCCUCCGCCAUCUUCCCACCCGCCGCGACCCCCGCGGCCGGCAGCGGUUCCCCGAGGGCUGCGGGCGGGCUGGGAGCCGGGCUGGGCCCGGGGCCGUUACCUGCGUGUUGCUGCCGACGCGGUCCCGUGAGGUGACCUGCGCGGCCAUCCCUGAAAGAGCGAGCUACCCUGUUAUUAUUUGUGUAACCGCUAAGCCUCAGGCUGUAGGAUCAUCCGGUCCUGCAGCAAUCGAAGAUGGGGAUGCCUGCUUAGGAGGCUGCGAACUUUGUGGGUGUACUGCUGUGUGUGCGAGGACAGGCCAGGCGCGGCGGCUGGGAAAUGCACGGACUGAGUCCUGUUCUGUGCGCAGAUGGAGCGGGAAUGGGAGGCGAGGGCAGCGGGCAGAGCUGGGCUGCUGGCAGAACUGGACUUGGGCAGCGGGAGGCGGCCUGGAACUGGGCUGCGUAUGGCUCACCUCCAUCGAGAUUCGUUUGCAGUAUUUCUUUCUCUUUGCCCAAGCUCAGUAUUGUGGAAAUGAAUGUUGGAGGAGAAUGAAUAUAUUUCUUAUAUUAAAAGGUUGAGUAGGUUUCAGUUUGCAGGUGUAGAAGGAGGAAGCUAUGAAGAUUGUGCUUGUGCAGAGGUGAGGAAAACUUUUUCAAGCUGAGCCUUGAGUCGCUGUUCAGGACUGUCUGUUCUCAGUGUACCUGAGAAGAGAAACUUCUGCCUGUCCUUAUCCUUGCAAUUGCCUCUUCCAGCCUGUCAAAUUUUGACUCGUUACAAUGUUUCUACGUAUGCAUUCUAUAACAGUAGCUCCUGGAAGAUUUACUUAAAGAACUGGUGGAACCACUUUGGAGUGAUUCAGUGUCACUAAUACACCUUGGUAUUAUACACACUCUAUUGUUCAGGCACUCCGUUUGGAACAUCACAGCAGUAUUUUUCUCUAUAAACAAAUUUCUGAAACAAUUUUCCAGGCAAGCCUGCUGUUGUCGUUUUUCGUUACGUGAUAUUUUAAAAAGCAAGCUGAUAACCUCAAGAUUUCAAAGAUAUAUUUUCAUACAAAUAGUUUAUAUUAGAUAAGAUCUCAUGCUUGCAUGUGUCGUUCCUAACGUGUCUUUCUGUAAUAAUGUUAACAUUGCUUUGUGUGUUGUGGGCUGGGGCAAUUUCACUGAGAAGUGCAUCUAUGAGAUGUUAGAAUUCAAAGCAAAGGCCAGUAUCACUUGUAUUUUUAAUGCUGCUUUCUCUAUGUGAACACUUGUCUUUAAACUAGGUCUAUUAUGUUACAUUUAAAUAUAACUUUCUCUGAGGCUGUCUGAUGUGGACAUGCUAAUACCUUGUCUUACACUUAAAUUUAGGACUUCUUAAUAGUUGCAGAGCCUCUUGACCAAAUUGCCUGAGAGCGUUGGUAAGUCAUGUGAGGAAUCUUGUGAGCGGGGUGAAAAUGAGAAGCUUCUGCAUGAACUAGAAACUGCAAACCAAAGUUACUACACCAUACAGGGAGAAGUGGUGGUGUUAUUGGUAUGUUUGUGAUGAGGGUAGGAUUAUGUUGUGGAGUUUGUAGGCCCUGGAGCAAAGGCUUGCAGCUUGUUUUGGGAGAUGAAGUCCAGGCUAUGAGGCCUGUUUGGGAUGCUGCUGCUUCCAGCCUCUGCAGGUGAGUGGGUCAGCACCAGGAAUAGGGAGAGUUUCCUUCCAAGCCAGAGGAGUUUGUUGUAUUUUCACCAUCCGGUAAUUCCUGCUGAUGGUUGUGAGACUUAGUGUUGCAGAGCAGUAGGUCUGGGGAGUCGCUGUGCUGUUGCACGCUGUCCAGAGAUCUGGUAGGCCAUAUGAGGAAAUACUUAGAGUGUGUUGUGUGAAGGUUGCUUAUCAGUACUUCAGGAAAGCGUGCUGAGUGUGCUAGACUUAAUGUCAGAGCUGCUUGCUUAUGUUGCUGUCUGAGCAGUAAAAUAUUUUAAUUUAUUAGCAACUGAUGUAUUCCUAAAUGAAGGUAUUAGAGAUCAUUCUGCUUGCAUGAAAACAUACUAUCAGUUCAUCUGCUACACUGGUAGUAAAAGCCUGAUCAUUGUUUGUUUAGAGACAGCACAGUAAGAUUCUGGCCUCUAAAUGAGCUGCAGUGCUUCCUUAAACAAAUACCUUUGUUUAAGGUAAAACCACCUUUGAGCUUGAACUUCCUUGGGAUUCCUUACCCUCGGGUCUUGUAUUUGCAUACCUGUACAUGCAGCCAGACUGCUCCUGAGCUGUUAGAGAUUUGCUAAUACAGGAGUGAGAGCUAAAGGGUCUGCGAGACAGGAAAGGAAACAAAGCAUUUUUGGAGGCUGCUCUUUAGGACUGAACUAGCAGAAAGUCAUUUAGCAGGACUUGAUGUUCUUUAUUGAACUGUCCAAGAAAAAUCAGCUGAUCAAUGCUCAUUAAUAAAAUAAAGCACAAUACAUAUUUGGGUAGAUAGGUGUUCACAGUGUUUAAUGCAAGAUUGUAUGGUAUGUUGCAUGUAGUAUUUAAGCUAAUUGAAAGAGCAUAUUCAGUGAGUGUGGUUAACUCAGCCCUCUGAGGAAUGCUGUAUGCUUUCAGCACUUCAGCAGUUCUACUUCAGAGUUCUUUGCUCUGAUGAUAUCAGUGGACCCAACCAGGUUUCUUUUAUAUCCUGGGUAAAAAAUCAUCUAUUUUUAAUAGUAGUUAUUGUUUAAUAUCAGCUAGAAUAAGUACAUAUGGUGAAGGAUAUAGCUUUUUUUGCUGUGGUAGUUGGCAGGCUCAGUCUGUGAUGCAUUUUGAUGGGAUUGCAACAUUUGCUGACAUAGUCGAAUUGGCAGCAUCAAAGCUUGCUAGCAGCAAAACUGGACUGCUUCACACUUCAGUUUUGUGUUAGAAAUUUGCUCAGAGUGGAUAUCUGCUAAUGUGCUGCAGUCUUUAUCACUGGCUUCCAGCUGCAUAAUGUAAUUAAAAUUCAUUUCUGCAGUUUCUUUAUGAAGGAGGUUGUCACCUUUUCACUGGUGGCUGACUUCUCCACUGACAUGUCAAGUAAAACCCAGUUUUGUUUGAAAGCAUGCAGUACUAAAUUCAGGAAUAAACAAGUCACAUUGUAAUGCUUGAGUGGGUUUUGUAAUGUUUGAGUGCACUUAUCAGUGGUUCUGGCAUCAUCUGUGAUGAUCUGAAGUGCUUUUGUUUCCAAAAAUUUAUCUUUAGAAAAAUGUCUAGUAUUACAAAGAAGUCUGUUUAACCUGAACUUUGUUGGGAGUGCUGUACUCUUGGAAUUUGUACUGAACCAACUACAUUUGAAUAUAUAGUGUCCUUGAAAGUAACUCUUCACUGAAGUCCAGAUGUGGAGUUCUCAGUACAGCAGGGACAUAGAUCUGUUGGAGUGCAUCCAGAGGGCCACAAAGGUGAUCUCAGGGAUGGAACACCUCCCUGCAAGGACAGAUGGAGAGCUGGGGCUGUUAAGCCUGGAGAAGAGAAGGGUUUGAGGUGACCUGAUAGCGGCCUGUCAGUAUCUAAAGGGGAGCUAUGGGAAAGAAGGGGACAGACUCUUUAGCAGAGUUGGAAUAAAGGGAAGAGAUUUCAAGCUUAAAGAUGGCAGAUUUUGGCUAGAUGUAAGGAAAAAGUCUUUUACAAUGAGAGCGAUGAGGAACAGGUUGCCCAGAGAUGUGGUUGAUGCCCCAUCCCUGGAGACUUUCAAGGUCAGGCUGGAUCAGGGCCUGGGCAACCUGAUGUAGCUAUGGUGUCCCUAUUCACUGCAGCGGAGUUGGACUAGAUAGCCUUUAAAGGUCCCUUCCACCUCCACAGAUUCUUUGAUUCUGUUCAAAAUGGAAGUUUCACUCUUUUAAAUUUGAUGCCUUUGCAUAUUAAUGAAGGUUGAAGGUAUGUAGAUUGACUUUCAAAUUCCCUUAACUCACAAGAAAUGCUGUCAAAACUGAGUUAUAUGUAAUUAAGAACUUAAUAACUGUAAAAGUUCUUCUAUCCUUCCCUUCCUUCACUGCUGGAUGAAAACAACACGUUAAUUGGCAUCAUUAUUUCUUAAGGUGUUCUUGUUGCACAGGACAGUAAUUUCUGUUGUACUAAGCCUUUGUUUCUUAUUUAGUAUGCACUGGAAUUUUGUUCUGAAACAUGUUUGCAACAGAAUGACCUGAAAGAGAUUUAAGAGCACACAGAAAUCCAGUACAAUUGUUUUGUUUUGAUACAAUCCCUUAAAUAGUAAGUGCUGGUAUUGCUGAAGUUUAAACAAAAUGGAGCAGGGAGAUCUUGGGUAAGAGAUGGUGCUGAAAUUUCCGGAUGCUUUCCCUUUCCAGACCUGUAUGUUGUUUUGAAUGAACAAAAAAGGAAAUGCAGUACUGUAGCUGUUUGCUCUGAGCUCUGACACUUCUUAAAACAGAUUUUCUUCCUGGCUUCAGCAGUAUCCACACCCCAGGAGUUCCUUUCAGCAGCCUGCUGCUCUUAUUCCAUGUUCAGAAGUAGAAGCAUGCAAGUAGAAUUGGUUGAUUGCUGCACUGAAUUAAUUUUUGAGUAGUGAGACCAGUGUGCAUUGACAACAAGACCAAAGGCAUCUUUGUUCAGUGCCAUUUCUUUAUUGUAGCUGAAUAAAUUGAUAACUGGCUGCACACAUCUGCUGUUUACUGUUAUUCUAAUGAACUAUUCCUUGUGAAUACAUGGUAACAUCUGUUACAGAAAGGAUAUGUAACAUGACACUGAUAUUCUGGACAGUUUAUUGUAGGAGCCUCUGUGAAGCUGUUUUUUUGAAGUAAUGCCAAUAGAAAGUGGAAGCUGUGCAUCUGCUCGCCAAGCAAAGCAGAAACGCAAAUCGCACAGUCUUUCAAUCCGAAGAACCAACAGUUCUGAGCAAGAACGGGCAGGACUGCAGAGAGACAUGUUGGAAGGGCAGGAUUCUAAACUACCAUCUUCUGUUCGGAACACGCUCCUCGAACUUUUUGGACAAAUAGAGCGGGAGUUUGAAAAUUUGUAUAUUGAAAAUUUGGAAUUACGUAGAGAGAUUGAUACACUUAAUGAGCGUUUAGCAGCCGAAGGACAGACAAUCGAUGGAGCUGAACUGAGCAAAGGACAACUGAAAACAAAAGCCAGCCAUAGUACCAGUCAACUUUCUCAGAAAUUAAAGACAACUUACAAGGCAUCUACUAGCAAGAUUGUAUCCAGUUUUAAAACUACAACAUCAAGAGCAAUCUGUCAACUGGUAAAGGAAUAUAUUGGCCACAGGGAUGGCAUUUGGGAUGUCAGUGUUGCAAAAACUCAGCCAGUGGUUUUGGGAACUGCAUCUGCUGAUCAUACUGCUUUGCUGUGGAGCAUAGAAACAGGGAAGUGCCUUGUCAAGUAUGUAGGGCAUGUUGGAUCAGUAAACUCAAUAAAGUUUCAUCCAACUGAGCAAGUGGCUCUUACAGCAUCUGGAGACCAGACAGCUCACAUCUGGAGAUACAUAGUACAGUUGCCUACACCUCAGCCAACUGCAGACUGCAAUCAAGUGUCUGGAGAAGAUGAAUUUGAGUUCUCAGAUAAAGAUGAACCAGAUGGAGAUGGAGAUGGUUCUAGCGAUUGUCCCACUGUUAGAGCUCCGUUAACUUCACUCAAAAGUCAUCAAGGAGUGGUCAUAGCAGCUGAUUGGCUUGUUGGGGGGAAGCAAGCAGUGACAGCUUCGUGGGAUAGGACAGCGAACCUGUAUGAUGUAGAGACUUCUGAAUUAGUCCAUUCUCUUACAGGGCAUGACCAAGAGCUAACACACUGUUGUACCCAUCCCACCCAGCGUCUUGUGGUGACGUCCUCACGUGAUACAACCUUCCGCCUGUGGGAUUUCAGAGAUCCUUCUAUCCAUUCUGUGAAUGUCUUUCAGGGCCACACAGACACUGUGACAUCUGCAGUUUUCACUGUGGGAGACAAUGUUGUUUCUGGUAGUGAUGACCGUACUGUAAAAGUUUGGGAUUUGAAAAACAUGAGGUCUCCUAUUGCUACCAUUCGUACGGAUUCUGCAGUAAAUAGGAUUAAUGUAUGUGUUGGCCAAAGAAUCAUUGCCCUUCCCCACGACAACCGACAGGUUAGGUUAUUUGACAUGUCAGGAGUGCGAUUAGCACGCCUCCCUCGCAGUAAUAGACAGGGCCACAGAAGAAUGGUGUGCUGCUCCGCCUGGAGUGAAGAUCACCCAAUAUGUAACCUCUUCACCUGUGGAUUUGAUCGUCAGGCUAUUGGCUGGAACAUCAAUAUCCCUGCUUUGUUACAAGAAAAGUGAAAUGCUGGAAGAAUUUUUGCAUUUUAUGUUGCCGUGGACUGCUGUACUUCUGCAGACUUCUCUGAAUACCAGUCUGCUAUUGGUCUAAAAGCUCUUCCUUAAAUGGAGACUUCAGCAGAUGUUGUUCUUGUUACCACAUUGUGCACAGUUUGCAUGAGUUGUACAGAAAAUGUGAUUUUUCUUUUUUAAAUUAGUUUGUCCUGUGUAUGAACUUUUAUAUUUUGGCAUCCACUGGUCAAUAUGUUCACUGUUGCAUAGAGCACAUAAGUGUUCAUAAGUUAUUUAGCAUUUGAUAGAUAAACAGUAGGGCAUUACAUUUGUGACAUAAAUGUGAAACUGAUGUAGUUAAUGUAGAGAGUGUAUAGCAGUCUGUUACAUUUUUCCAUGAUCUACAUAUCUGCCUUGUGUUGAAAAGAAUCUGCAGGGCUAAAAGUUUGAAAUGAAGUGUGAAUUUCACUAGCUGUAUGAUUGUAAACAUUUUCCUGUUUGCAUCUAAUUGGAACAGUUAUUUUUAGUGCUGCAGUAUAGUGCCACUCCAUUUUCAGUCCAGUUAUGGGAGAAAUAGUAGACUUGAGAAGGAAAAUAUAAACAACUUGUAGUGAUUAUAGACUGCAAGGUGUAUUCUGAAAGCUUUUUGUACUUUUUCUUUGGAAAAAAGAAAAUGUUCAUUCUGCCCUUCUUAUAUAAAGUGAUUCUAAAAAUCUCAUGGCAUUUCACACUAGCAAAAAUCCAGAAUAUUAUGAUCCAGUCAAGCAAAUUUUGAAGCACUUUAGUUUAUAGCUAUUGUUAUAAACCAUUUAUGAAAGUUUGACUUUACCAGUGAAUGUGAGCUGACCUUUGUAAGAAGGAUUGCUUCUUUUUGGUGAUCUGCCCAGAAAGGAUAUAAUUUUAUCUUUUUUUUGUCUUUUUUUUCCUAUACCUACAAUGAGUACACUUUAAAUGCGUUCUUUUUUUUUUUUCUCCUUUUUUCUUUUUUUUUCUUCUUUUUUUUUUUCUUUUUUUUUUUCUCCUUUUUUCUUUUUUUUUUUUCUUUUUUUUUUUUUUUUUGAGCCAGCAAUACAAAGUAAAUUAGUACUACCUCAAAAGUGAAUGUUGGUCAAGAUACGCUGAAUCUCUCUGUAGCCUGGAAAAAGCACUUUUGGUCUCUGGCUGAAGUACUGUUUACUUACAUGAGAGGAAAGACAAUCAUACUUAAUGUGAUUCUUAACAUAAUUAACACUUAAGGCUAAUGGAGCAAUAUGAUAAGUAAACAUCAUCUGUUACCUUUGUGUUCUCAGCUGUGGCAAGGGGCUGUUGCAGUCCUUAUACUGUCGUACACGGGAUAAUUAAUGUAGACCUCCCUUCUUUCUCCCCAGUGAUCUUACUCUGCUUUUGCUCUGCACUGUGCCCAGCCUUUUUUGCACUGGCAGUGCGGUGUUAUACCACAACUGCUGCUUAUUUAUGUAAGUGCAAAUGGCAGCUGACAUCUUCAAAAGAACAGGAAGGCUGCUUCAGUCAGACACUUCUUUUUAGCUAGAGGGAGAUCCUGCCCCUGACUGUUUGACAUAUCACACUGGAAGAUGAAGGGUGAGGGUGAGCUAAGAGUGUGCUGUUACAGUGGGAAAGUUUAUGCUGGGCUGCCAUUAGAUAAGUAAUUGGAACUUUUUAUCUCAUUCUUUGGAAUAUGUGAAGCUCUAACUGUGCUCGUGUCCUCUACAACGCGGUUCAGGGCUGAUGUGUUAAUUGGGUUCCUUGUUGGCUGACGUGUAAAAGCGUUGCAGUGCGAUGGGAUGGGAUUGAAUAGUUGCAGGGAAACUAGAGUCCUAGAAUUGGUUUUGUGGAAGAUCAAGGUAUGUAAUGGAAAAUGAGUCCAAUAUCUUUAUAGUAUGAGCCAUUAUAGUAGCUUCAUCUUAAAUUGCAUAGUGUAUUUUUCUGUUUUUUUUCUUGAGGUAGAAGUUAUAUACAGAACUGUACUGAAGCAGUCUUAAAAUACCAGAACUAGUGAAGUUGAGGAAAGUGGCUGCAGAGCUUUAAGUCUCCUGAUAAAAAGGGUUAAAGAUGGUGUCAGCAUUUAUUUUCACUUAUUUUUUUUCUGGAUUUUUAAAGCCAUUUGAUGUUGACAGAUUUUAUUCUUUAAGGAAAAAGGCUCACAUUUUCUUUCAGUUGAGAGAGAAGUUUCUCUCCAGCCAGCACAAGCAGUUUCUGUAGCAGAGCUUGCGUGUAACAUCUUGAGCGAUGGCCCAACCAUCAGUUAUGUGUGGCGAGGGAGAGAGGGUCACUGCUUUUGGUCCUGCUAGCCUGAAUCGACUGCUUAAAUGUCUCCAGUAUACAGAUGUAAUACAGGACCAUGAGACUCUAUGUGGUUUGAUAAUCAUUGCUGCAAACUUUUUAUAUCACCAGAGGAACAGACCUCUGGCACCAGAAUGGGACAAUUACAUGCGUUCAUUUUUGAAGAAAUAUCAAACAAGGUGCUACAGCCACGUUCUUAUGAGCAGGCGAAUACUCAACUAGAUUUGAACUAUCUCUUCACUUAAUUUUAUAUACUGUACUGAAGAUUAAACCCCAGUUUCCACUUCCCUUGAAGCAAAUCACACAUGAGCAGUGGUAGUGAACAGUACUGCGCUGAUUAAACACGUGAGAAACAUUUCAUAGGUUUGGAUAUUCUAGAGAGAGCUUUUUCAGCAUUGAACAAUGUCCAACAUUUCAUAAAAUGGAGAAGAGUUGCAGUUACAGUUUCAGUAUUGUGCAGAAUAUUCAGAACUUCACAGAAUGUUCAUCACUGGGCAAAAUCAAGCUUUUGUCUUUCAAAUAAUGCACAUCAGUUUUCACAAGUUUUGUGUACUUUUAAAUCAGAAAGAUCUGGAAUGCAGCAUCUUAUUUGUUGCCUAAAUCUGUGAAAACCAUCUUUUUGGAAAAAGAAUUUAUAAGUUAUGUGGAACCACUUUUUAUUAUUCUGCUGAUUUGUUUAGAGAUGUAAAAUCUUAUUCUUCAUUAUGAUUCAAAACUGCAUUAAAACAUUCAACAUUUUUUUUUGCAAGUUACUUUUCUUCUGUUUUGCAUUAAGGUUAAUAUUAAUAUCUCAUUAGUAAUCAAAUGAUUUUCCUAUCCGUUUUCUGCUCUCUUACUCAAGAAGUUAAUUAUCAGUGCAAUGAUGAGUGCAGUUGAGGAAGAAGGCCAGGUGAGCCCCUGAAGUAGGGCAUGCACUUGGUCAUGCUGACAUAGGCAGGUGCUCAGUCUUGGUAUUUGUACUGUUGUCUUUGGUUUUGUAUGAGCUAUUUUGUAAAUACGUUUUGUUUUGCAGAUUACUGAAGUCUCCGUGUGACUUUUCACAGUAUUAUAUAAAUCAAUAUUUUUAAUGGUCUAAAAGCUGCUAGCAUUAUUUCUGUAGGUUGAAUAUUGCUUGCUUGUUGCACCCAUAUCCUUUGAAACAGAGCUUUGCAGUGUUGAAAAGGGUUGUUGUUUCAGUGGGCCAUGUCAUCUGGUUCCAGGUGCUUGAGCCGUGUUGCCAGCCAGUACCCAAGCGCGGAACACAUCUGAGUGUGCCACAUUUUGAACCUUGAGAUUUCUAGGCCUCUGGAAAAUGACUUUUAGUGUUGCUGAUGGCGAUGAAAUAAAAGACCAAAGUUACUAGGUGACAAAACUGACUUGGGGGCUGGAUUGAGAUAGAGUAUUGCACUCUAUUUAUUUAAGUAACUUUUAAUUGAGGGAUUUAAAUUGGAGCUUAUGGCAACUGAUUUGAACUUGUGAUACUUCUAUCUUCUCUUGUCUUAGGUAAUAUACAUAUGUCUCAGGUAAUAUUUUUACAAAGGCUAUUUCUGUUCAUUCUUUGGCUUGAUGGGAUUUGAAGAUGAGCAUACACUGAAGCAUAGAUGUAUUUCUUUUAUAAAUCUGUGAGUAAGUAGCAUGCAUAAAUGAAUGGUUUCAGUAGAAUGUCUACUCUAACUUGAAGAGCUGCAGGAGAACUGCAGCUCUAUUCUUGACUGACACAGAAUUUUUAUUUAAUGCUCCAAUGAGACAGAAGUAUAUCCCUGAAAGCUUAAUCAGCCUUGAGAUAUUUUAAUUUUUAAGUAGUAGUGUUACCUUUGCUAAUUCUCACGGCUCAUAAUUUUGAGAAGUAAUCGCAGGAGCUUACCCAGAAAUCUGGUUUAAUUCAAACUUUAACUCCUGGUCAAAAUGUCCCAGUGACUUGGAGAGAGGCAGCAUACUGGAGGAGGGCAGUUUUGCAAACAUCCUGUGGUUGCUGCUCAUCAGUGUCCAUUUCUCAGCAGCAAAGAGGUGAGGCUGGUGAGUGGGAGUGCUACCUCACCUAAGUGCCUCAAUUAGCAGCUUUGGCUCUUCGUACAGCUUUCUGAAGUUUUUAAGAGUGGCUUAGUGCUAUGUAUGGAAUUAGGAAUUUAAGCAUUCAUACUUCUUCCUAAAUAGGAACAUUUAGGAAGGACAUUCCUAAGUGUCCAUGUAUGAAAGAAGGGAGCUGUAAGUAGAGAAGUUUUGUCUUGAAAUAUACUGAAAAUGGAAACAGGUUUUCUAGCUAUCAGAUGCCUGUGGAAUGACAGCAAAGCUAAUUAAUAAGGUGACCUGGUGCUUCUCAAGGUGUCGUUAUCAGCUGCUGAUGACUGCACAGUUCCACCUGCUUCCAGUGGAAAGAGAAGGGCAGGGACUGAGCUUGCUGGAAACACAGGCAUCCAGAGCUUAGAAUGGGUACUGCUAGGUGUUAAAGAUCUUUUCAGUGUUCAUAACAAUAGGUUGUUGUUUUCAAUAUCUUUGGUUUCAGGAAAAACUCAGUUAUAUAAAACACUAUUUUAAUUUCAGUUUUCUACUUCAAGUGUUUUAAUGGUGCUGUGAUUACUCGAGUAGCUGAUGGAUUGCAGUGCAGGGUCACAAAUGUUACGUGCAAACAAGCUCUGUCCUACCAACUUGAGGUAUGACAGCAUGAUGUGUCUUGUUAGGAACCAUUCUUGGAGUGGAAAUCUCUUCCUAUUUGCAUGAACAAUUGGUUUGGGGGGAAAAAAAAAAAAAAGAAA